AUUGCAAAGCUCUUCCCCAUUCAGGGGACAGAGAUGGUUAUAUGAGUGAUCCUGGGCAUGAUCUAAAUGAAAGGGGUUCUGUUUCUUCCUUAAAUGCACAUAGGGAGUCUGUUUUUGUAUAUGUCAGAGCUUUUACAAGAAAGGAAGCUCAGAAGCUGUAAUGUCCUAAAAGUUAUGGACGAAGCAAAUUAAAUUUUGAGGUGAUGUCUUUUUAAAAUUAAUAUUUCAUUUCAUUUGUAGUAUUACUUUUAUUUGUGCGUGCUUUCUUUUCCCAUCUUCAUGUGUGCUUUCUUUUAUUUGUGAGAAAGAUGAAGGAGUAUGAUAUUGAUGGCACAUGAGGUUGGCCUCUAUGUCUGGCUUUGCUUCUGCUCUAUUCGGGAUUCUAGAGAAAGUGCAUUGGUGUUUAUGCUGUACUGGACACACCGCAGAAACAAUAAAUAAAUAAUGGGCGCCCUCUAGGGACUGGGAAGACUCAGACCAUACUUGGGAUUCUAAGUACACCAUUUUGCAUGCUACUCCUACAAGAAUGCAUUCAAAGGGAGUUGUACUUGCCUGCAGCCCAAUAGAUGCAGCCUUGGUGGCUACUGCAGGCGGUGAUGACAGACGAUUUCUCAGGAAGAUUGGCCAAGGGGAUUGGGCUUUUGAGCUUCAAGGAGGCUGGUAAGAAGUCCCUGGAAAAAGCUUCUGAGCGUGUGAGAUGCCUUGAGGAUGAUUUAGCAAAGUCUAGAUGGUAGCAGAGUCACAACAAAGCAGUAGCAGUAGCAUUAACAGAGGAGCAAGAUGGUCUCUCAAUGGAAUGACGGCUCUUGUCACUGGCGGCACCCGUGGAAUCGGGCACGCCAUAGUAAAUGACUUGGCUGCGUUUGGCGCUGCAGUGCACACUUGUUCCAGGAACCAAACAGAGCUCAAUAAGUGCUUACAAGAAUGGCAAAGUCAAGGCUUCGAGGUAACAGGGUCGGUGUGUGACGUGUCCUCACCACCGCAGAGAGAGAAGCUUAUUCAGGAAGCAGCAUCCACCUUCAAUGGAAAACUUAACAUCUAUGUAAACAACGUUGGAGUAAACUACAGAAAGCCAACCAUUGAGUACAGUGCUGAAGAAUAUUCAGAGAUGAUGACAGUUAAUUUAAACUCGGCAUUCCAUCUAUGCCAACUUGCAUAUCCUCUUCUCAAAGCAUCUGGAAAGGGAAGCAUUGUGUUCCUUUCAUCUGUUGCUGGUGUGACCAGCAUGGGUACUGGAUCUGUCUAUGCAGCAAGCAAAGCUGCAAUUAAUCAGCUUACAAAAAACCUUGCUUGUGAAUGGGCAAAAGACAACAUAAGGAGCAACUGUGUUGUACCAUGGACAACCAGAACCCCACUUAUAGAACAUUUGCUCCAAAAUCAAACGUUUGUGGAAGAUGUUAUGUCUCGGACCCCGCUUAAGCGCAUUGCAGAACCUGAAGAAGUGUCAUCGUUGGUGGCUUUCCUUUGCUUGCCUGCUGCAUCUUACAUCACCGGACAAGUUAUUUGUGCUGAUGGAGGAGUAACUGUGAAUGGAUUUCAACCCAGCAUGAGAAUUACCUGAAAUUACUUUAGCUGCUUUUCUAUGGAACAAAUGAUUCUCAUUGGAUUUCAAUUUUUCUUCCUUCUAGAGUACUUUGUCUAUGAGAAUGAGUGAUCUUAUUAAACUCAUGAAAAAAUUGUAUAAUAAUAGCUUUAAUAUCUUUUUCUUUCAUAA